UCUUUCUCGUUGUGUGCCUCUUCGCCCACAGCCAGUGCAUCGCUGUCCGAGCCGGCAAGUGCCAAGAGCACAGGCAAGCGCAAGUACAGGUGCGCGUUUAACGGCUGUGGCAAGGCGUUCACCACGAGCGGCCAUCUGGCGCGCCACCAGCGGAUCCACACGGGCGAGAAAAACUUUGGCUGCCUAUACCCCGGCUGCUCAAGCCGUUUCUCGCGCCAGGACAACAUGAUGCAGCACUAC